CUCUAGCUCCUCCUCUUGCUCCUCCCCUAGCAUCUACCCUAGCUCCCCCCUGAGCUCUCCCUCUUAUUCCCCCCCUCCAGGGUCAGAGGCGCACCACUGGGCUCUUGUGGCAUCAGAUCACCCAACCAGGAUCAUCCUAAGAAGGCUGCCGAUGACGAGCUCCUUGAUCCAACCUCGGAGACCCAGUGAGCCUUCGGAAGCGGGCCCCCCUGGAACAGCAGAGCCACCCAGUAAGCGUGUGGCAGCGGGCCCCCCUGGAACAGCACAGCCACCCAGUAAGCGUGUGGCAGCGGGCCCCCCUGGAACAGGUAAGCCACCCAGUAAGCGUGUGGCAGCGGGCCCCCCUGGAACAGCAGAGCCACCCAGUAAGCGUGUGGCAGCGGGCCCCCCUGGAACAGCAGAGCCACCCAGUAAGCGUGUGGCAGCGGGCCCCCCUGGAACAGGUAAGCCACCCAGUGAGCCUUUGGAAGCGUGCCGCCCUGAAAUGCCUGGGUUGUUUGGGAACAGGCCUGAGCCGGAGUGGGCGAAGAACCUGAGGCGUCUCAUGGAGAGUAGAGAACCAUUCGACUCCAUGGGGCGCAAGAGAGCUGUUGAACCUGCAGGUAAGACUCCAGGUAAGCGUGUGGCAGCGGGCCCCCCUGGAACAGCAGAGCCACCCAGUAAGCGUGUGGCAUUGGGCCCCCCUGGAACAGGUAAGCCACCCAGUAAGUGUGUCGAAGCGGCCCCCCCUGGAAAAGGUAAGCCACCCAGUGAGCCUUUGGAAGCGUGCCGCCCUGAAAUGCCUGGGUUGUUUGGGAACAGGCCUGAGCCGGAGUGGGCGAAGAACCUGAGGCUUCUCAUGGAGAGUAGAGAACCAUUCGACUCCAUGGGGCGCAAGAGAGCUGUUGAACCUGCAGGCAGGGUGUCUGCACAGAGCGAGCGUGAUCUGGGGGGGAUAGCGUGAACCUCCAACGUGUUUCGACCUCCCAGUGAAGCUCCUCGGUGACAGAAAAAGAAAAGGAUGGCGACACCAUGUCAAGGAGGUUCAUAUGUCUGUCGACGCCCACCCUAGACCGACAGAGUCUGCAGUGACGAGGACCUCGGUGCGGGGUCCACAAUAGGUAGAGAAGAAGGAGAAGAAAUGGUUGUAGUGGGAGAAGCUGUGAGAGUAGUGCUAGCAACAUGGGUGUAGAAACUGGUGCACCCUGUCACAGGGUCCAAACUGGGAGGGAAAAGUAAUCUUAGCAGUAGCAGGUGUAGUUGCGUUAGAGAAGAAGUAUUACAGUAGGAAAGAGAAAGUAUGUGAGAGAGAAGAGAAGACAAGAGGAAGCCAGGAAAAAAAGAGAAGAGAAGGGAGGCGAAGAGAAAAGAAAGGAAAAGGUGAGAUGAAGAUUACAGCAAAGAGAAGAGGAGUUAGGAGGCAUUACGACGUGUGAACGCUCUCAUGUAAAAGGUAAAUAUUUCAUGUUAUUGUCAGAUUUCAUGCAAAAAUGAAUUAUUCCUCUGUUUACCUGAUUUCUAAAGUUUCUAACUAUGACCUGCUUGUCUCCCAUUUUUCUUCAAGAGGGAGGAGAGGAGGCGGGAGGGCAACGUGACGUGUGAACCCUCUCAUGUAAAAGAGAGAGGAGAGGAGAAACAAUUAAAGAAGAGAGGAGAAAACAAAACUAGAAAAACGGAGAGGAGCGGAGGCGGGAGGGCAACAUGACGUGUGAACUCCCUCUCAUGUAAAAGAGAAACACAGAGAUACCGAAGACAGGAGAAAAUGAAACGAGAAGAAAGGAGAGGAGAGGAGGCGGAGGGCGAUAUGAAGAGUGAACCCUCUCAGUCAAAAAGGAAAGAUCAGUUUAAUUCAUAUUAUCUAGAUGAUACACAUGAAUAAUCCAUCUCUUCACCAUUAUUCUCUGAAGAUUUAACUGUUAUUCCCCCUUUACUGCAUUUGUUUUUAUUUUUUUGGAAAGAGAAAAGGAAAAGACAGGAUUUAAGAAGAGACUGAAGAGACGGGAAAAGAAGAGAGGAGAAGAGAAA